CCCUCGUUUCAGAACAAUGAUCUAGACCUGGAAGCAGCCAUAGCAAGUGCCCGCCCCCAGCUCGUGGAGUUCCUCAGCCACCGUCCCAACUGGCUGAUCAGGACCUCCCAGCGCUUCCUCCCGCGGGUGGCCCUGAGUGGCCUGGAGAGCAUCACAGACCACAGAGACAAAGUCUCGGCUCUCCUUGACCUGGUGGAGAAGGCUGGCCCUGCCACCUGGAAACAGUUUGCACAGUACCUCUGCAUGGAGUGCGACCUGCCCCUGGACCUGGAGAUACUGCUCAUCAGUUCUGCUGGAGAAGGUAACGUAAGCCAGAAACAAGAAGCAAGCCCAGAUGUGAGUGCUGCGACAUCUGUGCCCAAAGGGUUUGCUCGACGUCGGCAUCUCAGCAGCUCUGUGAGUGAUAAGGAGGCGAAACAGCAGCGACUGGAUGCACCUGAAAACUACCGGCAUCUCCUCAUCAAUUCUAUCCACCAGAGAUAUGGAAGCAAGAGAACAGCAGGAGCAGCAGCAGAGGAACAAAUGCAGCCACUGCCUUUCAAGCAAGCCUUUGUCAACCUUGUCAUUCAGCAGAGCAAAGCCUCCCGCUUAAAAGACAGAACAGAUAAACCCCAGGAGGGUGUGGCAGGUGCUCCUGAACCAGAAGAAUGUGUGGAUACAGCCAUGAAAGUGUCAGAUCUGUUCUGUAGCACGGUCCCUUCGGGGAAGACAAGGGUGAUCUUUUUGUUUGGUAAGCCAGGUACAGGCAAGACCAUGCUAAUGCACAGGAUUUGUCAGAAAUGGGCAGAAGGUGUCAUACCUCAGUUUUUCUUCACUUUCCUGUUUGAGUUUCGGCAGCUGAAUUUAUUAAAAAGAAAAUUAACUCUCAAAGAGCUUUUGUUUGACCUGUUCCUUCAGCCAGAAGACAGCCCUGACGCAGUGUUCCAGUACCUCCUGGAAAACGCGUCGCACACACUGAUCAUCUUUGAUGGGCUGGAUGAGUUUGCAGCUAACAUGGAUGUGUCAUCCUCUUCUAAGGGAGGCCCAGCUCUUACCUCCCGUGUGUCUGUCUCUGAGCUCUUUGCAGACCUCUGCAAUGGGAGGCUCCUGCGUGGCUGCACAGUGUUGGUCACCAGCCGAUCUAAGAGACUACCUGACUUCUUAUUAAGCACAGUAGAUCUGCUAGCAGAAAUUUGGGGAUUUGACCAUGAAAAGGUGGAGGAAUACAUCAGCCACUAUUUUCAUCAGCAUUCGUUCAAAGAACAAGCCAUUGCUCACGUGAAAAACAACACCAAACUCUUCAGCAUGUGCCUCAUCCCUGCUCUGUGUUAUGUUGUGUGCGUCUGUUUGGAGUAUUUGCUCCUUAAACAUCAGGUGAGUGUGGAACUUCCUCAGACUAUGACACAGUUUUAUAUCAAAAUGCUCCUCAUCUUCAUAAACAAACAGCAGGGAGAGUGUGCAGGUGGCGAGGAGACUCAGUUGAACUCUAACAAGAAGGCUCUUUUGGGUCUGUGUGAUCUUGCACUGAAAGGCCUGGAAGAGAAGAAGCUUGUAUUUUAUGCUAGUGAUAUUCCAGAACAUGUGAAGGAAUUUGCUUCCUUACAUGGACUGCUGACUGUCUUUGAGGUGAAGACGAAUGGCACUUGCCCAGAGGCUGGCUAUGCCUUUGUGCACUUGAGUUUGCAGGAGUUUUUUGCAGCACUGUGUCUCAUGGUAAGAAAGAGCAUGGACAAGAACUACCUGAAGAAGAAGUUCUCUUUGAAGACAAAGUGGACUUUAAGAAAUGAGGCAAAGACCGAAUUCCUGGAGAGCUUUCACAUCUUUCUCUCAGGCUUGUCAUCCAAAGAAUGUAGGACAUUUCUCAUGCUGUUGGCUGAAAAAGAUGAAGCUUGGGUCUGGGACAAGCAGGACACAAUCCUGCAGUCUCUCAAGAGACUGGCAGCCACUCAACUGACAGGGCCUAAGGUCAUUGAGCUCUGCCACUGCACAUUGGAAACACAAGACCUGGAAGUAGCCCAGCAUAUCGGGAGCCUGCUGAGUUUCAAGUACGAGUUUAAAAACUUUAGACUGACACCUCUGGACAUGUCGGCUUUGGUUUUUGUCAUCAACUCGGGCCAGGAUUUUACUCAUUUGGAUUUUUCAGGAUGUCUCAUGAACAUUGACUGUUUGGAGGUUCUCGCUGGCUGUAAAAACGUAGAGCACUUGAGCUUUCGCAGUAGGAGAUACGGCGAUGACUUUGCUGCUGCUCUUUCAAAGAGCAUAGGAGGAAUGGGGAGCCUGAAGAAACUAGAGUUGACAGGUGGGAGCAUCACAGCUGAGGGGAUGGCUGACUUGGUCCAAGCUUCAUCACAGUACCUCCAACUUGAGGAAAUAAACUUGCAGGACAAUCGCAUACGGCAUCCAGACUUGAAGAAGAUGAUGGAUCUGUUUUCCAGAAUGAAAAAGCUGAAGAAAAUAGACCUGAGCAACAACCAUCUUUCCUUGAAUGCUGUUCUCAUUCUGGCAAGGGAAGUCCUCGCGUGUCAGAGAGCUGCUGAACUGCAUGUCAGGAAGGACACUGUGAUUAUAUAUUUUUCUCAACCUUCUGGGAAAGUUCCAAGGUCUUUGGAUUUGAGGUGGGAGGAGAAUAAGGAACAUAUAGCUCCAACGAGAUUUGUGAAGUUAUGCUUGCAGAAUCGCAGCCUGUCUUCCCAGCAUGCAGAGGAGGUCGUUGACAUUCUCCAGAGCUCUCCCUGUCUCUCCGAGGUGGAUUUAUCAGGUAACAAGCUUGGAGAUGAAGGCUGCAGUUACCUGCUGGAAAGUCUCCCUCGGAUAUCAAUUUCAAAGCAGCUGGAUCUCAGUCAAAACCACAUGUCUAUUGAUGGUGUUUGCAGCCUGUUGAAGUCAGUAAAUACCUACCAGAAGGUGAUGGAAGUACAAGUCAGCCUUGGUCGUGAGACUGCAGUCCUGAGGUUUUCAGAAGACAGAGAGGAUGCUUCCCUUCCUCCUAGCGAAGAGCCUGUGUUCUCUACUGAUGACCAACAAUAUGCAGAGGAAAACCAGACACCUACUGCUUCAAAAAAAAUAAGAGUGACAGACAGUCAUUUUCAAGCCAGCGACCUGGAGAAGCUGUGUGCAGUCCUGAAGGAAUGUAGCAGCAUCUCUGAGCUGGACCUAUCAAAUAAUUAUCUGGGUGACAAGGGACUUUUGCAGCUGUUUCAGUUCCUCCCAAAUUUGAAAGCAUUACGUUCUCUCAG